AUGCCUGAGCUGUCCAACGUUAGGCAUCAUGAUUCGGUCGCCUACACCUACCCUACUUGGCCGAUCCAAUCGUUCAAUCUCUCUCUCUCUCUCUCCUGUCGAAUCCUUCGCCGAACCCUCGCGAUCGUGCCCAAAUUCCCCCUCCGAUCCCUCCACGAAGGCCCCGACACCAUCGACGAGCUCCUGGAUCGCCACCUCGUGAAGAAGAAGAAGACGACAACGAACCACGGCGGCGGCGGCGGGGACGACGACGACGACGACGACGAGGAGCUCGCGCUGCGACGACGGCCGCGGCUCACGAGCACGCGGCGCGAGGCACUGGCGCUCCACCGCGACGCCCUGCGCGCGACGCGCUUCUUCGCGUGGCCCGACGCGCGCGGCGUGCCGUGGCGCGAUGUGCUCCGUGCCAACGUGCGCCGCGAGUUCGAGGAGGCACGCUUCGAGCGGGACCCCGAGGUCAUCGCCAAGCUCCUCAUUGGUGGCCGCGGCGUCGUCCAGAAGGCCCUCGGCAGGCUCGUCGACGCUAGCAAGAAGAUGGUCGACGCCGAAGCCCGGAAUCGUAGCGGAAGUGGGACGUGAAAUCGAAACCCCGACUCGAUAUGCUCUAAGGCCGCCCGCGUCGCUCCGAGACGCCUUGACCCGCGGCGCUCCGAGGCCGCUCCUCGCAAACCCAUGCUCCAACCUGAGGCGCAGCUCCCGGACCCGCUCCGAGACGCCUUGACCCGCGCCGCUCCGAGACCGCCCGUGUCACUCCUCGCCAACCCAUACCACAUGCGUUGCUUCGAGACACCCCGACCCGAGGCGCCGCUUCUCGACAAUCUCCGCGCGCAUGGCCGCGGACUUCGCCUCAAACUCCUCCGCGAUGGCAUCGACUCCGACAUCACCGCAAGCCGCCGUCGCCGCCGCUCCUUGACCUCUCUGCGCGCAUGGCCG